GCUGGCCGAGCGCGAGUCCUCUCGGGAGUUGUAGUUCCUGAGGCCCCGCUGAGGACGCCGGGAAGAACCAUUGGGCAGAGGCCAGUAGCGGCGGUUGUGAGUGGUCGCGGCCGCUGCCACCAUGUCCCGCGUGUCGGUCCCCUGCCAUGUGAAAGGCACCGUGGCCCUGCAGGUGGGCGACGUGCGGACCUCCCAAGGCCGGCCUGGUGUGCUGGUCAUCGAUGUCACCUUCCCCAGCGUCGCGCCCUUCGAGUUGCAGGAGAUCAUGUUUAAGAAUUACUACACAGCCUUUUUGACCAUCCGUGUUCGCCAGCACACCUCAACACACACUCCAGCCAAGUGGGUGACCUGCCUGCGGGACUACUGCCUGAUGCCUGACCCGCACAGUGAGGAGGGAGCCCAGGAGUACGUAUCGCUGUUCAAGCACCAGAUGCUGUGUGACAUGGCCCAAGUACUGGAACUGCGCCUGAUUCUGCGGCAGCCAUCACCACUGUGGUUAUCUUUCACGGUGGAGGAGCUUCAGAUCUACCAGCAGGGACCAAAGAGCCCUUCCAUGACCUUCCCCAAGUGGCUGUCCCACCCAGUGCCUUGUGAACAGCCCACUCCCCUUCUUGAGGGUCUCCCAGACCCCAGCAGGGUAUCCUCCGAGGUCCAGCAGAUGUGGGCGCUGACAGAGAUGAUCCGGGCCAGCCACACCUCCACAAGGAUCGGCCGCUUUGACGUGGAUGGCUGUUACGACCUGAACUUGCUCUCCUACACUUGAGCUGUGGCUCGUCAAGACGUUGGCCGUCCAUGCCCACCUAGGCCCAGUUUGGACCCCCAUCAGAGGCUAAAGUGCUGUCCCCAUGCAUUCCAAGUGUUGCCUGAAUGCGCCUUCUGUCAGGACCACGUUCACAGAGUCAAGAUUCCUGGGGGCUCACUGUGUUGCUUUAGCAUGAGCUCCUAGAGGGGAUGCACUCUGUCCUCAGCUGACUGCAACCUAAAACUCCUCCUUCUCCCUAAAAACACUCCAGUUCUGUUACUAAGAAUCCCUCUGUGCCCUCUGUUUCCCUGCCAAGCUGCACAUUCUUGUCUUCUGCCUGUUCUCGCACCCCAGAGUGCAGCGGGCUAGGGUCACCUCCCAGAACCUUGGAAGUUGGCUUUAUUAAUAGCUUGGAAGCUUGAGGGAGAAACAAGAAUCCCGUUUCUUCCUUCUGCACCUCCUAAUGGUCUCUCUCCCUUUGUGUUAUGCCCACAAAAAGAAAAAAUUCCUGUCUAAACCCUUCUGCUGCUCGCCUCGGGAGCCACACAGGGCUGGGAAGUGGGGCAGCCCGAGUCCCUUGGUCCCUGAGCUGGCUCCUGGAUGUGUGUUCAAAUGGGUUUGUCCACCUAUUGGGUCUGGGCGGGUGCCUCUGGCAAGGGUGGGGCCUGAGAAGGAGUCCUGGGACUUGUCUGCCAUCAGACGGAGCCGAAAGCACAUCCUUGCCCCACCUCAAUUCACCCCCUUCUGCAAGCCAUGCUCAGUCUGAUGAGGGAUCAACGUUGGUGAGGAGGUGGGUCUGGGUGAGGAUUCUCAAUGGUGUUUUUUGAGAAGCUGAGGUUUCCUACAACCUCAGGCCAGCAGCUGAAUAAGACAGGCUGUUUUCUUAUGAGAAAA